AUGAGCAGGACACCUUGUGGAUUGAUUCUUCCAAAACCUGAUAAUGGGCCAUUACUCCAAUAUGCUGCAACAGCAUCUUUUCUCAGUAAAUUAUACAGUGGUUACAUUGAUCAUCUCAAAAUAUCUGGUGCAAGCUGCGAAACCUAUGAAUUCUCAGUUGCAACGGUUCGUGAUUUCGCUAGCUCUCAGGUUAACUACAUUUUAGGAUAA